CUCCCUCUCGCGGCACGGCCACCACCCCACUCACGCCGAGCGGCCGAGCCGUGCCCACCUCGCCCCCGUUUGACUCCGACGCGCACGCGCACGCAUGGAUGUGCGGCAGAGGCAGAGGAGGGUGGCGCCGCCGGCAGUGGGCCAGGCGGGAGCGCCCCGGGUGCUGCAGGCGGGGGACGCGCUGCCGCUCCCGAUCCGGCACACGAACCUCAUCUUCUCGGCGCUCUUCGCGGCCUCGCUCGCCUACCUGAUGCGGCGGUGGCGCGAGAAGAUCCGCUCCUCCACGCCGCUCCACGUCGUCGACCUCACCGAGAUUCUGUCCAUUUUCGGCCUCGUCGCCUCGCUCAUCUACCUGCUCAGCUUCUUCGGCAUCGCCUUCGUCCAGUCCAUCGUCUCGUCCAGCGACGAGGACGAGGAUUUCCUGGUCGGCCCUCCCGCCGUGCCGGCGCCGGCGCAGUGCGGGCUUCUCGGGGGCGCCGACGCGGUGCUGUCCGAGAAAAUGCCCGAGGAGGACGAGGAGAUUGUGGCCUCGGUCGUCGCCGGGAAGGUGCCCUCCUACGUGCUCGAGACCAAGCUCGGCGACUGCCGGCGCGCCGCGGGGCUCCGGCGCGAGGCGGUGCGGCGGAUCACGGGGAGGCAGAUCGAGGGGCUCCCGCUCGACGGCUUCGACUACGCGUCCAUCCUCGGGCAGUGCUGCGAGCUGCCGGUGGGGUACGUCCAGCUCCCUGUGGGCAUCGCCGGGCCGCUCCUUCUCGACGGCCAGCGGUUCUACGUGCCCAUGGCGACCACCGAGGGCUGCCUCGUCGCCAGCACCAACCGCGGCUGCAAGGCCAUAGCCGAGUCAGGUGGCGCCACCAGCGUUGUGCUCCGUGACGCGAUAACGCGCGCCCCCGUCGCCCGCUUCCCCACCGCGCGCCGCGCCGCCGAGCUCAAGGCCUUCUUGGAGGACCCCGCCAACUUCGAUACGCUGUCCGUUGUCUUCAACAGGUCGAGCAGAUUUGGGAGGCUGCAGGGAGUGCAGUGCGCCAUGGCCGGGAGGAACCUGUACAUGAGAUUCAGCUGCAGCACAGGGGAUGCCAUGGGGAUGAACAUGAUCUCCAAGGGCGUGCAGAACGUGCUGGAUUACCUCCAGGAUGACUUCCCUGACAUGGAUGUCAUUAGCAUAUCAGGUAACUUUUGUUCUGACAAGAAGCCAGCCGCUGUAAAUUGGAUCGAGGGGCGUGGCAAGUCUGUGGUUUGUGAAGCAGUAAUCAAGGAGGAAAUUGUGAAGAAGGUUCUGAAAACCAAUGUGCAGUCUCUAGUAGAACUAAAUGUGAUCAAGAAUCUUGCUGGCUCAGCUGUUGCUGGAGCUCUUGGGGGGUUCAAUGCCCAUGCAAGCAAUAUUGUAACAGCCAUCUUCAUAGCCACAGGCCAGGAUCCUGCACAAAAUGUGGAAAGUUCUCAGUGCAUCACAAUGUUGGAAGCUGUAAAUGAUGGCAAAGAUCUUCACAUAUCUGUCACUAUGCCCUCUAUUGAGGUGGGCACAGUUGGUGGUGGGACUCAGUUGGCGUCACAGUCCGCAUGCCUGGACCUGCUGGGCGUGAAAGGCGCCAACAGGGAAUCGCCAGGAUCGAACGCGCGGCUCCUGGCCACCGUGGUGGCAGGCGGGGUUCUCGCCGGCGAGUUGUCCCUCUUGUCCGCUCUCGCCGCCGGCCAGCUCGUCAAGAGCCACAUGAAGUACAACAGAUCCAGCAGGGACAUGUCCAAGGCCGCAUCUCUAAGCUCUUGAUUGACUCCACGAGCUGCAGCGCAAGAAACCAAUGGACAAAUUCAGAGUGUGGCUUGAUUCUACAUACAGGCUUGGUUGGGUCUUGUCUUCCUUAAGACGCAAUUAAAGUACUCAUCAGCGUCAAGCCAUCAACGUCAAGCUAAGAAGAGUUUGACCAAUUUCUUCCUCGAUGCUGGCCGGUGUUUCCGUCGUCGUUCUUCGCGUGUUGCUGCUGGCAUCAUCGUCGGACCUCAGACGCCCCGGGCAGGCACCGGAGAAGCUAACCUUUUUAGUCUGUUUGUGUUCAUAUAAGGCUUUCUGGUUGGGUUGGUUACUUGGCGCGCAAAGUGUGGGGAUCUUUUUGUAGAAUCGAAGUGUAGAGAUCUCUCUCCUUGCUUCAGGAAGCCAGCCUUGUAGUGGUAUCUGUUACACCCUUUUGUUUGGUCCUUUUUCCUGUCUGCUAGUCGAACAAUGUCGAAAGUUGGUGACGUGAUUGUAGAAAGAGAUGUGGGUCUCGGCGGAGUUCUCCAGAGCAUGGUGGCGGCUCCGUCCAUCCAUUGUCGUGUCAGCGGAGCGUCGUGACCUUUCUGUAGAUCUGCCUAAUAUCUAUCCAGAUCAGAUGCAUGUGUCAGCAGA